AUGAAAAUAUGCUUAAAUCGAAAUAACUAAAUUAUAUUUUAUUGGUACAACUUAGGUUAUAUUUAGAGAAGUAAUAUUCAUGAAGAAGCACCUAAUACUAGCGUUGAAGCAAAGCAUCACAAUAAAACUUUCUAUGAUCCCAUUUUAGAUAUUGAUGAGGAUUUGAAGGAUGAUAUUCGUCUUUAUGGAAGAGACAAACCUGAUGAAUUGGAUUUCACAGAUGUUUGGGAAUCAUCUUAUUAAAAUAUUAUUUGUCCUGAAUAUUUCUAUCACUUCUGGUUCUGCGGUAUUGUUUAUUCAUUUGAACCUGAAUGGACCAUUAACUAUCCCUUCGAAAAGGGUCCUCUUUCACCAUUAUUCAGAGGUGAACACGCUCUCCGUAGAUAUCCUACCGGUGAAGAAAGAUGUAUUGCUUGCAAACUCUGUCAAAGUGCUUGCCCUGCUAGAGCUAUCACUAUCGAAACUGAACCUAGACCUGAUGGUUCCAGACGUACAGUUAGAUACGAUAUCGAUAUGACUAAGUGUAUUUAUUGUGGUUUCUGUUAAGAAGCUUGCCCUGUUGAUGCUAUUGUUGAAGGUCCUAACUAUGAAUAGACUGCUUACUUGCAUGAAGAUUUAUUCUACGAUAAAUAUAAAUUAUUAGAAAAUGGUGACAAAUGGGAACCUCAAAUUGCUAGAAAUAUUGAAUACUUAAUUAAUCAACCUCUUUGA